AUGUCAUCUAAUACUACUGAAUUUAAUGAUUUCUUUGCAGAAAAUAAUUUUUAUUCAGCACCCAAUACUCAACAUAGUUCAAAUCAUAUUAAUACCUUGAAGAAUGCUAUUCCUAAUUCAAUUAGUCUGAAAAGUAUCAAAGAUGGAUUGAAUGAUAAUGAGAACAAUGGAAAAUCAAAAAGCAAUAGUACUAGUCGAACAUCAAUUAUUAAAUCAUCACCUAGUUUGAAAGCGUUGGAGUCUAUUUUAAAUGAGAAAAAUAAAAAAUGGGCACCAAACUCAAUAAAGGAAGAAGAUGAAGAAGAAGAAACAGAUGAUUUUGAUACAGAGUUACAUAAGAAAUAUGAUUAUACAAACCCAUCACCUGUCAAAUAUAAACAAUCAAAUAAUACUACUGAUACUUUAACAACAUUUCAGUCAUUUGAAACUGCAAAUGAAUCAAUUGAUCAAUCAAAAUCACAAAAUCAAUGGAGUUCUCAAAAACAAUUCAGAACUAACAGUAAUUCUCAUAAACACAAUAAAUCAUUAACUUCAUCAAUAAGUAUAAGUGGUAGUGGAUAUAGUACUGAUGAUACUCCAAUUUUGGAACAACCACCAACUUUUCAAAAUUACACUCCCCAUAAUAAUGAAUCCCCACAAUUAAAAGUCAUUGAAACUGGUAAAGUUUCUUCUAAAGACAAUACAUUAAUAAAUGAUAGCACAUCAACAGAAUCAAAAGACAAUAAUAUUGAUGAUAGUGAAGAAACUAUACAAUUAGUUGAUGAUUUGAAAGCUAAAAAUAGUAUAACUAAUCUUAGUAAUAAUUUUGUAUCGGAAUUAAAAUUCAAAAAUGAGAAAAAUAAUAAAAUUAAUAUUUACGAAUCAAGUACUAAAAAUAAUAAAUUAAUUACAACAAAUAAUAAAAUUAAUAAUAAUAAUAAAAAUUUUAAGGAAAGGGAUAAUUUCAAAUUUAGUUCAGAUACUCCAAGACCGUUUUCACAGAACGUAUCUGCUCCUCUCGAUAAAAAUUUACCAAGUUUACCAAAUAAAUCAAAUACAAUUGGUAUGAAUAAACUAAAAGAGAAUGGAUUCAAAUCAAAAAGUAUGCUUUCAACACUACCAAUAACAAAAGAUGAUUUGAUACCACAACAACAAGUUGAACAACAAAAAUCACCUCAUACUAGAUCAAAUUCAAGUUUUUCACUAAAUAUGAUGAAACAAGAAAAACCUAAAUUACAACGUAAAAGAUCUUCAACUAUGGAUGAUUUAAAGAAAGUAGGUCAAAGGGAUGAAAAUAUACAGCCUGAGAAAAAGAAAUUUAGUUUUAGGUCAUUAUUCAAAUCAAAAUCUAAAAAUCAUUCUUUAAAUAAAUCAUCCGAUGAAUUGUCGUCAACAAAACCACCUGUUCAAGUUACCUCCAAAUCAUAUUCUACUACUACUAUACCAACAUAUCAAGAAACACUCCCGCCUUUAACUAAAACUAAAUCAAAUACCUCGAUAAUUAAUGUUUUCAAGAGAAAUAAAUCCGUGGAACAACUAAAAAGUGAAGAACUAAAAUCGGAAUUACCCAAAAAAUCAACACAGCAAUCAUCAUCACCAGUAAAUCAACAAAUUAAAAAAGUUGAACCGGAUUUGCAAACUAUACCAGAUACUGAUUCACCAAUUUUAUUAGAUGCUAAUAACUCCAAGGCUAAACCAGGAUCAGUAAAUUUUAUUCGUGAAGUAAGUGAUAAUAAUAUUGGUUUUAAAUUCAAAGAACCAAGUAGUACUGAAUCUGAACUGGAAAAUUUCCAAGACGCAGAAGAAGAAGAUGAUGAUAAAUUAUCCUUUGUAAAAUCAAAUGAUGAGCAUGAUUAUGAUUCUAAUAAUAUUUUGGAAAACCCACCAACAAGAAAAAUCAAUAAUCAAUUUGGUGAAGAAAUUCUGUUGAUGCCAUCUUUUUUGGAAAAUUCUCAAUUUGGUUCACCUUUCAAAGUAAACUAUCAAAGUUCACCACAUGGAUCACCAACUACAAACCACUACAAACCAGUUAAAUUUCCAUCGCCAUCACCAUUACCAAAUAGAAAUCCAAAAGAUGAUAAAAAUCAACAAUUACUUGGUGAAGCAUUAUUUCCAAGAUCACUUAAUGCUCAUGAAGUUGAAUCCAUUGUUUCAUUAGAAAGAUCAAGAUCAUUGAAAUCUAUCAAAUCAAACAAAAGAAAUUCAUUUGUAAAUUAUAAUGGAAGUGAUGAUAAUAUAAUACAUUAUAAUGGACCAGCUUUAUCACCAAACACUAGUGGUAUAACAAGAUCAAAUUCAAUUCUAAAGAACUCAGGUAGUAAGAAAAGUAAUUUGAACAAAGAAGCAGUUGAUAAUACAAAUGGUUUACCAUCACCAGCUCAACCAAAUGAAUCAAUUGAUGGAAACUUAUUAGAUUCAAUCGACUUUAUGGAAUUUAGUGAUUUUAUUGAUGUUGAUAAUUUAAAUUUUAAUUAUUCUCCAAAUGGUGCACAGUCAGGUACAGCAAGUCCAAAAAUUGAACCAAGUAGUAAUGGGAAAUUGAAUGAUAUUAUAGCUACCACUGCUAAAGAAACUCAAGAAGAGGACCUUCAAUUUCAGUCACCACCACCUCCACCACAACAACAACAACAACAGCAAUUACCGCAAUCAAAAGAGAAUGAGCUUGUCUCAUCACCACCUACUAUUGUUGUAAAUGAAUCAUCUUCAGCAUCACCUAAUGAUCUUAAAUUGGAUACAAUUUCAUUUCCUAAUAGUGCAAAUAGUCAUACUUCUCCAGUACCGAUUAUUAUUGAAUCAAGAACUCCUUCACCAUCACCAUUAUCAAUGGAAAGAGAAGAAUCACCAAAAACCAGUCUAGAAGUUGAUGGAUUUGAUAAGAAUUUUGAACAAAAAGAAUCAAUACUAUCUGAUAGAAUUGACAACAAAGAUUCUGAUGAGGAAGACGAGAUGAAGGCACUUAAAAAUUCACCAAUUUUACAAACUGCAAUUAAGGGUAAUACCAGCAUAAAAGACUUGAAUGAUGAUGGUAAAUCAAAUUUUAAUAAUAGACCAAUUUCAAUGUCUUUUAAAGGGUUAGACGCACCAUCAUUUUCAGGUAAAUUUACUCAACAUAAUCUUAGAAGUAGUGAUUCUCAUCAAUCUUUUACUAUAUCAUUUAAUGAUUCAUCAUCAUCAGUUGGUGGAGGAUUUGGUACAACAGAAGAUGAAGAUGAAGAUGAUGAAGAAGAAGAAGAAGAAGAAGCAGACAAUGAAGCUGGUGUAAGUUCAGAUUAUUAUGAUGAUGAAGAAGCUUUACUUAAUGAAUAUGAAAAAGAAAAUUUAGUUCCUUAUACCAAAAAAUCUCCACAAUCACUGCAUCAACCAAAAUUUCAAUCAUCACAACAAAAAUGGACUCCACCGCAAAGAUCAACUUCAACAUUUGGUAAAGAGAAUAAUAAUUCAAAUAAUUUUGAUUUUUCACCAAUUCAACCACCACCUCCUUUCAACACUAAAUUCAGUCAUAAUAAAAUUCCAUCAAUUUCAGAUCAAUCAUCAACAAAUUCAUCACCAAGAUCUUUUACAUCAAUGUUGGGUAAAUGGAAAAAAGGAUAUACCACAACAAACAAUAAUAUAAUAAGACCAGCUCCACCACCACCAUCAUCAUUUUCACCAUUAAAACAAUCAGGUGUUCGAUUCAGUUCAAGAAUUAUUUUGUACGAUACAUAUAAUGGAGAUGAAUAUGAUAGACAUCCAGAUACUGCAACAUGUAAUCAAUUAACUCCUUCAUUAGCUCAACAAAUUAAAGAAGAGAUGAAUUUAAUUAAAAGUGAAAUGGAAGUUCAUGUUGAAAGUAGAUGUUAUACUCAAUUUUUUUGA